AUGGGAACUGCAGAAACAAAAGUGCUUCAAAUGAGUAAAGAUGGAAGCCUUACAUUUAAAAUCAAUGUGUCAUUCCUAGAGUUCUACAAGAAGAAAGUGUAUGAUCUUUUAUCACAAAAAAAGGAGGAAGUGGACCUACGAGAUCCCAAAUAUGGAAUUAAAAAAGGGAGCUCCUCAACGAUUACAUCCAAGUUCCAUCUGGUUGACCUCGCUGGUUCUGAACGGGCUAGCAAAACGCAUGCGGUUGGAGAAAGAUUGGCUGAGGGAGUCUCCAUAAAUGAAGGUUUACUAUCGCUUGGCAUGGUGAUGGAUGCCCUAUGCACAAGGGCUAAGAAGGGGGAUUAUAUUCCAUACCGACUAUCAGACCUUGCACACUUUCUUAAAGAUUCCCUUGGUGGAAAUUCUUACACACUGAUGAUCGCCUGUGUAAGUCCAGCAUCCUCUAACUACAAAGAAACUCUUGAUACUCUUCGAUUUGCUGACCGUGCCAGGAAAAUUAAGAACAAUCCUAUCGUAAAUGAGGUGGAGAUAGCAGAAGUCGCGACCCAACAAGUCCAGCUCUUGGCGUCCAGCAUUGAUGACAGCAGUAGUUAUGCUAAUUGGGCCGAAAAUCACAUUAUCUAUCUUCAACAACAACUCAAAGUGGCUGAAGAAAACAACCUUCAGCUAGCCCAAGCACUACGGAAUGCGAAUGAGGGGCGACUCCUCGAAAGCCUCCAAGUGGAACUGAUGUUAGAAAUACUUAGUCGCUUCGACAAUAUAGAAGAGGCCGCCGCCACAGCAUCUACCAACAACAGGAAAGGAGUUUGUAGUCACCUGAAUAAUAAAGAAGAGACCGCAGUGUCUAAUAAAAAACACGCAUCGCCCGAGGAAAACUUAAUUGCUACCGGCGAUGCCAGUGUGGGAGAGGGAAACAAAAUAAACAACUGUCUUUGUGUAAAGAUGAACCGGUUGUGUACACCGAAGUGUUCGUGUUUUAAGCAUGGUCAAGUGUGUACAAACCGAGGAAAAGACCAUAUUUCCAAACAAGAAGAACAACAUGACAAGCCAACACGAGGCAAAAGUCGUCGCCGUAGUAGCGUGGCCUAA